GUCUGACCACUGACAAAACUUAGUGGGUGCUUGAAGUUUUUUCCUACUGGAACAGAGCAAAGACUUCUCAGAAAUACUUCCCAGCUGCCCCAGAGUCAUCAGAAGACAAACACAUUCAUGGAGAAGACACUGACGAUAGGCCUGACUCUUUUUCUAACACUCUGCGUGGACAUACCAGAAGCUGUUGGACGGAGGGAGGGGGCCAAUGGAAAUAACACUCAGAAACGUUCAUCACGGUCCUCAGAUACAAACGGAGGCCGUUGCUCCUACACCUUCAUUGUCCCCCAGCAAAAAAUGACCGGGGCGCUGUGUUUGACCACAAAGUCUGCUGCUGCCAACCAGUCUGACGUGGCUGCAUUGCGGGCAGAGCUCAGGCGACAGCAGGAACAGCUGGAGAAAUUCAGGGGCCAACUGGACCAGGAGGGGACCCUUGCCAUGGAGGUAAGAGCCCUGCGCAAAGAGAGUAACAGCAUGAAUUCACGCAUCACUCAGCUCUACGCCCAGCUGCUGAAUGAAGUAAUCAACAAAAAGGACCAAGCUUUGGAGCAGCGAAGGGUGGAGAACCUGCUGCUCAAUGCCACAACACAGGCCCUGCAGGUGUCCAGCAAUUACAGGGAGCUGGAGAAGAAAUAUGGAGCCCUCACCUCCAUGUUGAGCUCCCAGAACCAGUUUAUUGCUCGUCUGGAAAAGCAGUGCCAGUGCAGGGACUCCACCCACCAGCCGUCUGUGGUGAUGACUGAACCACCAAAAAUCCCGUCUAACGUGCAUCCUAAUUACAGCUCCGAAGCCAACGGAAUGACCAAUGAUGUUCAAAGGGACCAAAGUGCUCCUCCGCCACAGCAGGAAAAAAUGGAGCGGGUUCAUUCCGUCCCCAGCACCACAGCCAACACUCCUACAGACCCCCCUUUCAUUAGUUUCCCUGUCACAAAGACUCCAGGUCCAUGGCGGGACUGCCAGCAUGUGCUGGAAUCUGGCGAGACCACCAGCGGGAUAUACUUGCUCCGCCCGCAGAGCGCUAACCGCCUGAUGCAGGCUUGGUGUGAGCAGAGUCAGGCUCAGGGGGGGUGGACGGUCAUCCAGAGAAGACAGGAUGGGUCGGUCAACUUCUUCAGGACUUGGGAGCAGUAUAAGCAAGGUUUUGGGAACCUAGAUGGAGAGUACUGGCUUGGCUUGGAACACCUCUACUGGCUGACCAAACAAGCUGAUUAUAAGCUACGUGUGGCUCUGGAGGACUGGCAGGGCCGGCAAGUGUAUGCCGAGUAUGACAGUUUCCACCUGGAACCGGAGAGUGACUGGUACCGACUGCGUUUGGGCCAAUACCAGGGCAAUGCAGGGGACUCCCUCUCGUGGCACAACAACAAGGCCUUCACCACUCUGGAUCGAGACAAGGACAGCUACACAGGUAACUGUGCCCAUUACCAGAAAGGAGGCUGGUGGUACCACAUGUGUGCCCACUCCAAUCUGAAUGGAGUGUGGUAUCGGGGUGGACACUAUCGCAGCCGCUACCAGGAUGGGGUGUACUGGGCAGAGUUCCACGGAGGGUCCUACUCCCUGAAACGAGUUUCUGUGAUGAUCAAGCCCAAGUAACAUAGUUGUGAUGUGGUUGUGAGAAGGAAAUGUGAUAACUGAUCUGAAUGAUUCUGUGCUUAACAUGUGCAAAGGGAAUUAAACUGUUUUUGUAAAAUAAAA